UUUCAGGGCUGCAAGCAAAGAAUGGAAAUUUCCCAUUGCAGCAUCAAGGGCUGCUGUUCUGCUGACUGUCUCGCUCAGUUGGGGUCAUCUGCUUCCCCAAGACAUCAAGGAAUGCCAAGGACCGUGACUGCGACAGCAGCCCCGAGGGCCACCGUCUGCCCUUGCGUGUCGUGGGAGGCGUGAGACCGCCGAGGCCCCGCCAUGGCGCCCAAGCAGCCCCCGAAGGCCGAGUUCCAGGAGGGCGAGCGCGUUCUGUGCUUCCACGGGCCGCUUCUCUACGAGGCCAAGUGCCUGCAGAUGGCCACGGAGGACAGGCAGGUGCGGUACCUGAUCCACUACAGCGGCUGGAACAAGAACUGGGACGAGUGGGUCCCUGAGAGCCGCGUCCUCAAGUAUUCGGAGGCCAACCUGCAGAGGCAGCGCGAGCUUCAGAGGGCCAACCAGGAGCGGCGGGCGCGAGGCGCUGCCCAGGGCCGCAGGGGUAGCGCCGGGGCUGCAGCUGCGGCCUCCCUGCAGCAACAGCAACAGCUGCAGCAGAACGUGGAGACGCUCUUCCAGAACAUUCGCAUCACGCCCUCCACCUCCUCAGCCACGGCCCCCGCCACCGGGGAGGCCCCGGGCCGCCAAACCAGGAAGGGCAAACAGAAAACGGACCUGGGAGAAGGGAGCAGCGGUGGUGCCGGCUCCAGCACGGCCAGGGGGCUCCCCCAGCCGCCCCAGAGAAGAAGGACCCGAGGCCACCCUUCUGUCAAAGACGGAGGGACGUCUGCCACCCGCGCCGAGGCCAAAGUCCAGAUCCCCGCGGAGCUGAAGCCGCUGAUGGUGCAAGACUGGGAGCUGGUCAACAAACAAAGGCAGCUGUUUUCCCUUCCGGCCAAGAAGAACGUGGACUCCAUCCUGGAGGACUACGUCGCGUACAAGAAGGCGCGUGGCGACGGGGAUAACACGGAGUAUGCUGCUGAGGAAAUGGUAGGGGGCAUCCGAGCCCACUUCAACGUCCUGCUGGGCACCCAGCUCCUCUACGAGUUCGAAAGGCCGCAGUACGCCGAGCUCCUCGCUACUCACCCGGGUGUUCCCAUGUCUCAACUCUACGGAGCUCCACACCUGCUGAGGUUAUUUGUUCCAAUUGGGGCAAUGCUGGCCCAUUCGCCUUUUGAUGAGAAGAGUCUGGCUUUGUUGUUCAACUAUCUGCACGACUUCUUAAAAUACUUAGCAAAGAACCCGUCUGCUUUUUUUAAUGCCAGUGAGUACAAGGAUGCUCCUCCUGAGUAUAAGCAAAAAGCUGCCUGAGAGUUGAACCAGAUUCGUUAGAUUUGGGUUUGUAAAGGUGUUUUCUGAGUUACUGAAAUUGUGUUUGUGUAUUGCAGCACUAAAUAUUUGUUUCCAAAGUGUUCUGUUUGAAACUAAGUGAAAGGGUAGUCCUUUUUUGGGGGUGGGGGGGGGAGUGUUUUCACCAGUAUAUGGGAUGAUGGGUAUAGAGAGUGACCUAGUGGAGGAUGUUUCAUUAUAUAAUUGACAAAGCAUGCUUGAAUUCUAAUGGUUUCAUCUCUUUAGCAUCAAGUACUUUUAUAAUUUAUGUUAAUGCAAAGUGUUAAAACAGCAAAUUCUGGUUUCCAACGUUUAACUCAUGGGGUCCUGUUAAGGACUCUCUUUUUGUGUGU